AUGGUGAAAAGGGAGGAAAGGGAGAAAGCGGUGAGAAAACAGGAGAGAAGGCAGCAGCAGGAAUUGGAGAAGGUCGAUGCGCACGAACUGCGCGUCCCGCUGGCUCAGGUGGAGCCAUCCCAACCGACUCCAGGCCUUGGCGCGGAGCCGGUUGCGGAGAUCCCGGCGGAGGUACAAGCAGCCGAGGCGCGCGCGGCCGCAUUCUCCCAGCUGUCGCCACUUGGAGCUCGCCUUGCCCAGCUUCGCGAGGCGAAGAUCCUGGAAGCAAAGAGCAUGGAACAAAGGAUCACAGAGGAUGCAAAAUUGGCGGAGGAAGCGAAGCUUCAGGAGCAAGAGCGUUUGGAAGAGGAGGUGAGGUUGGCAGAGGAGGCGAGGGUUGCAGAGGAGGCGAGGUUGGCGGAGGAUGCGACGCGCAGGCAGCAAGAGCUGCUGGCAGAGGAGGCGAGGUUGGCAGAGGAGGCGAGGUUGGCAGAGGAGGCGAGGUUGGCGGAGGAAGCGAAGUUGGCCGAGGAAGCGAAGCGCAAGGAGCAAGAGCGGCUGGCAGAGGAGGCGAGGUUGGCAGAGGAGGCGAUUUUGGCGGAGGAAGCGAAGCGCAAGGAGCAAGAGCGUUUGGCAGAGGAGGUGAGGUUGGCAGAGGAGGCGAGGUUGGCGGAGGAAGCGAAGCGCAAGGAGCAAGAGCGGCUGGCAGAGGAGGCGAGGUUGGCAGAGGAGACGAUUUUGGCGGAGGAAGCGAAGCGCAAGGAGCAAGAGCGUUUGGCAGAGGAGGCGAGGUUGGCAGAGGAGGCGAGGUUGGCGGAGGAAGCAAAGCGCAAGGAGCAACAGCGGCUGGCAGAGGAGGCGAGGUUGGCACAGGAGGCAAGGUUGGCGGAGGAAGCGAAGCGCAAGGAGCAAGAGCGGCUGGCAGAGGAGGCGAGGUUGGCAGAGGAGGCAAGGUUGGCGGAGGAAGCGAAGCGCAAGGAGCAAGAGCGGCUGGCAGAGGAGGCGAGGUUGGCAGAGGAGGCGAGGUUGGCGGAGGAAGCUAAGCGCAAGGAGCAGGAGCGGCUGGCAGAGGAGGCGAGGUUGGCACAGGAGGCGAGGUUGGCGGAGGAAGCGACGCGCAGGGAGCAAGAGCGUUUUGCAAAGGAGGCGAGGUUGGCAGAGGAGGCGAGGUUGGCGGAGGAAGCGAAGCGGCAGGAGCAAGAGCGUUUGGCAAAGGAGGCGAGGUUGGCAGAGGAGGCGAGGUUGGCGGAGGAAGCGAAGCGGCAGGAGCAAGAGCGGCUGGCAGAGGAGGCGAGGUUGGCAGAGGAGACGAGGUUGGCGGAGGAAGGGAAGCGCAAGGAGCAAGAGCGGCUGGCAGAGGAGGCGAGGUUGGCAGAGGAGGCGAGGUUGGCGGAGGAAGCGAAGGAUAAGGAGCAAGAGCCUUUGGCAGAGGCUGCCGACAUCGAUACUUCUGCCGAGAAGAGACCCAAAAGAACGAAGACGAAGACGAAAGCAAAGCCCAAGCCGAAGCAAACGGUGGUGUCCGUCGGCGGAAUGACCUUCUCGGCAUGA